GCAAAAACACCAAAUAUCAGCUGUCUAGCUAUCAGUAGGUCAUGUUCGGUACUAUCGUUCGAUCGAGAAUAUAUAGUGGUCCUUCUAUCUUACCCGAAAUCAAUAAUCUCAUCCGACCACUUUCAUACCGAUGUACGCGACUCACCUCGGCCGACGUUUUGUAUCAUGUCCCAAGGCAUAGUCGGGAAACAUCAUCAAAUCGUUGUCAGACAUUUUACAAUUCAGCGGAAAGAGGUUCUUCUCCAUUGUAUCCAGUGAAGAAGCAUGGUGAUUAUCAUACUCGAUCAUCUCAUCAAUGUCAGCUUUCAAAUUUCCCGAAUUUCGUUGGUAGUACUCCGUCGACCUCAUCAUGGACAGUCUCAAUUAGACAACGACCAACUCUAACGAGAUCACAAUCUUCUUCCUGUCAACCUCUUCAUCCCACUACCCAACCCUUCACUGUGUCCUCCGUAACAUCCUUCUCCAAAUUACCUACCUUUCCUCUCAUAUCAUCCUCGAAAUCAAUCCCAACACGGAUUCUCCCUGCCAAUAUUUUUAUAUCCAAACACUUAUUAGUCCGACAUAAUUCUUCUAAUUCCAAACCUCCCAAAACCCCCGUAUCUCCUCCGAACGAGCGGGAAUCCACUGUCCCUUCCUCUGACCUUUCAAAUCCUCCCAAAUUUGCUCUUGACAUAUCAGAUUCUUCAGAUCGAACAAAAUCCAAUCAACCCAUCACGCACCUUCCAAGCUCACAAGAGGAAAAACAGCUCGACUUGUCAACGACACAGAGUAGAACAUCACAUGAUAGG